CACUCCCGGUGUCGGCCCGGCCCCUCUACUCCCCCUUGCUCUUCCUGAAUGGACGAGCACUCAACCCACGGCUCACGCCUCCCUCUCUCAUCUCCUGCUCUACCUCCUCAUCAAGAAACUCGCUGCAGCCUCCCGGUACUAUAUCGUGCGGUGAUUGAAACCAGGCCGAUUUGUGCAGCGCCACUUAAAGGAACCAUCUGAAGUGAAUCAGCGCUGACACUACGGUCCAAGCCUUUGUGACCCACCGGCUCCUUGACUCUCACCUCUCUGCCUUGCUAGAACAUUGUGUCCUUUGAGGGGGGAAGAAUGACUGCCAAGCAUCGGAAAGGGAAAAGCAACCACAAACAUGAAGAUAACUUUUUCAAAAAUGAAGUUAUUGAGUCUGAAGUUCGCUCGGGAGGGAAUAACUACACUCUUCUGUUGGUUUUAUUUCUGAUGAUUGUGAUUGGGGGUGCGACCGGCGCAUGGUUCUGUUUCCAGCAGCACCAAACUUUAACCUACUUAACAGACAAUCUCAUGGGCAUGCAGAUGAAGAUAGUGAAACUACAGUCCUCCCACGAAGAAAUGCGGCAGUCAAGUGGCAAGCAGCACAUCUCUGAGAGUCUGGAGACCCGCCUGAAUGCCCUAGAGGAGUCUUAUGCACUGGCCCAGAAAAAGGUGGGCAUGGCCUUGGCUACAGCUGAGCAGCUCAAGACGUCUGACCUCCCCGCUCAGGUGCUGUCACUCCACACUGAGAUGAAAGCCCGCCUGGCAGAGAUGCAGCAAGCCACUGUGUCUCUGGAGCAACUGAGCCAGCUGCAGACCAUGCUGAAGGGAAAGAGUGAGGAGUUUGAGGAUGUCAGGGUUCAGGUGCACGAUCUGGCCACACUGAGCACAGAACUAUCUCAGAAGGUCGAAGACCUAACAGGAAACCUGGGAGAUGCACAAUCACAGCUGGAGGAGAGAGUUGGGCAGGUCGCCACGCUGAGCACCACCCUGGAUGGAGAGGUUGCUGAAGUGCUCAGACUGAAGGAGCAACUGAACACCUAUCAUGCUCAGCUGGAGGCCAGCACACUGGAGAUGGCUACUGUCAGAGAGUUGCUUGAGAAUGAGCAGUCCCAGCGGCUCCAGCAGGCCAAUAUGGAGGAGCAGCUCAAUACGGUACGUGAGAGUCUGCAGGAUCAGAACUCAGCAGCCCAUAGUCUGCACUCUGAACUCAGGGCUCAGCUGAAGAACAUACAGAGGCAGGUUACCCAGGUGGUGGGUGAAGUGCAACCUCCUGCUGAUCCUGUGGAAGAAGCAGUUAAAGAAACAGCUCCCGCAGCUCCAGACGAGGCAGCUGCAACAACUGAAGAAGAAGAACUUGCUAUAGAUGUGGAAGCAGAGGCAGAUGAGCAAGAUGAAGUGCCUGUUGAGCAGGAGGAGACAGAAGAGGCCGCUCCCGUAGAGGAGCUGGAGGCAGUAAAGCAGGAGGAGACAGAUCAAGAUGACUUGGUUACCUUAUCGGAAAAGGAGGAAGUGGAGAUUACGCAGACAGAAGAGGAGGAACAAAGCGUAGAAGAGCAGAUUGUUGAGGAGGAGGAAUCAGAAGAAGUUCAGGAGGAGUCAUUGGUCGAGGAGGAGAGCCACAAAGAAGAAGAAGGAGAAGAAGAGGAGGUGUCAGAAACAGAGGAGGCAGUAGAGGAGGAAAACAAGGAAGGGGAGAUGGCAUCUGAAGGCGAGAAGGGACUGGAGGAGAUAAUGAAUGCAGAGGAAGAAGCAGCAGAGAGGGAGGAAGAAGAGCAGGAUGUAGCAGCUGAAGAGGAAGCAGAUGAGGAAGAGGAGCCAUUAGAAAAUGAUGCUUUUCCAGAGGAUGAAUAGUUCUUUCUUUUUCUUUUUUUUUUGCACCGGACAUACCCAACCAAGAAGAAUGGGAACUUUCUCAGUCACUGUCUACAAUAGGACAAAUGCUGUAGGAAGGCAUUAUUGAUUGCUGUUGUAUAGGUACAGUAUUCAUUAUGUGGUUGCUCUUUGAAAGGCAGACAGAAAAAUUCAGUCACUAUGCUGGAGCUGAAACAUGAACCUCAAAAUAUGAGAUGGCUGUUAAAGUUUGAAAGUGAGUAAAUCAGGAUUUACCUGCCAAUAACAACCUCAAAAGCCUUAAUCCAUAAACGCAUGACUGUCUUUCUACAGAGCAUUUUCCACUCUUCAUAAAUUGCAAGUUUUUCUUUUUUUUCUUUUUUUUUGUUAAGGUUAGAUUUUGUGCAAAACUGAAAAACUAAAAGCCAAUGAGAUAACAAGAAGCCAUUGCAUAAACUGUUCAUCAGUGCACUUGAAGCCAUAAGUAAUGCUUGUCUUGGUGACAUUAAAAUAUGUUCCUUGUUGUCACUUCCUGAAAUUUAUCCUGAGACAAUAUUGUAAAAGAUAAAAACAGAUGUGGAGAGUAAGUUAUUGUAUCCCAGUUUUUUAUACUGGCAAAACAGCCGACUAAAGAACUAGCGGGAAAAAAAAACAUCUUUGAUAAGAUAAACAAGAACAAUUCCUAAAUGUAUUAAAGUAUAGAAUAAAUAGGAUAGGUUUUUUUACUUUAUAAAGUAUGUCUGUGGUUCAACACUUAAAAACAGAAGGUUCUCACAAUAUAGUUUGGCUCAUUGUCUUUUUUGCACUUUUUAAAUUGAUCACAAUUCCAGCCAGACAGAACACACCUGCAGUAUUGUCAGAUACAGUGGAGUCUAAAAAGCUUGAGCCCUCUACCAAAAACUGUUUGGUUUCAUCAGCAUCGUUAUAUUGCUCUAAUAUUCUUUAUUAAAAAAUUAAUUAUGUCGCUAGUUCAGACCAUUUAGUGCUGUUGUGGGUCUUUAACAUGCAACCACAGAUAUUCUAUGCAUUAACUUUGGGGGGGGGGGCACUUGUUUGUAACAAUCAGAAGAGCUUAAUGACGCACCUCAGGGACAAAUUGUUCUCUAGCUGGAUUGAAAACUAUCAGUGACUAAAUGCAGCUAAAUAGUAUAUUUCUAGAGUUGUGGUAAUGCGUACACUGAGGGAGAUUUUCACACCAGUCCUCAGGAGACUACACCAACUAAAGCUCAAUAUAAUGUAACAAACUAACAUGUUCAGUCAAAAACCAGUUGUAGUAGUUGUAGCAUUUGCCUGACCACAUCUUGACAUCAAUGACAUCUUUGUUAAAACAGCAUCAAAAUUGUAUUGUUGAAAACCAGACGUCUUGAUUAGAUGAAUCAGAGUUGUAACGUGUUUACAUUUGUAAAUGGAAAGCUUUUGUGAGGGACAGUUACAUGAGAGGUUAGUGUGACAGUUCAUAAAACCGGAGUCAGUGGAGGAAAGUGCAGGUGUGGGGGUGUGAACUCACACAGGUUCAGCUGCACAUGAGCCAAACAGAAGGACUACUUCACCCUGCAGAUCCAUGUCAGACUUCAUGGCUUGAAGUUCGAAGCAAUACCAGGACUUUCUGAAGUUAGAAAGGAGCUGCAAGGCUUUUCUUCCACAGUCCCCUGAUCUCAACCCUGCUGAACAUUAAAAACAUAAAAACAUACAGCCACGUCACAAGACUUUCUGUGAGAAGACAACUGGAAUAAUGUGAAUCCUCCUGAAAAAAAGAAGAAAAAAAAAAAAAAAAUCAAAUCACUGCUGGAGUGCAAGCUGUGUCAAACAUUAGACAUAUCAAAUAUUAUUUUAUAGAAUUACCAAAUUACCUCUUUAGACACAUGACAAAGUUUAUCUAGUCACACAAAUGUGAAAUUAGUUUCUGAUAAGGGGUUAAACAGAGUUCUUGGUAGUAUAGACUUUUGGACACCACUGUAUUUUUUUACAACUGAUAUUCACUUUUACAAAAUGCACUCUUUUGCCAAGGCUUUGGUUACUGUCAGUAUGACACUUCCCUCGUUGUCAUGUUUUUAAAAUAAACCCUCGUUCUUUCA